CCUCUGCCUUCCAUUUCAUCAAAACCGUAAAUCAAUCUCUUCACAUUCCACCAAUAUUCCUAACAUAAAAUCAUUAAUCUCUAUCUUUAAAAUCCCUGAAGAUUUUAUUGAACCCUGGUCAAAAUCCACAGUCUUCAAAGCGUAUCCAUGGCUUCAAGAACUGCUACAAAAGACAUAAUUACUCUGCGUGGAUCGGCUGCCAUAGUCAGUGAAUUCUUCGGGUAUGCUGCAAACAGUAUUCUGUACAAUCGUGGAGUUUACCCUGAAGAAAGUUUUGCGAAGGUCAAGAAAUAUGGGCUUCCGAUGCUGCUUACUCAGGACGAAGGUGUCAAAUCAUUCAUUUCAAACUUAACGGCACAGCUUUCUGAGUGGCUGGAAUCUGGGAAGCUGCAGAGGAUAGUUCUGGUGAUCAUGAGCAAGGCAACUGGUGAGGUUUUAGAGAGGUGGAAUUUCAGUAUUGAGACGGAUAAAGAGGUUGUCGAAAAAGGAGUUUCAAGGGAGAAAAAUGAUAAGGAAAUUAUGAGGGAAAUUCAAGCUAUUAUGAGACAGAUAGCAUCCAGCAUUACAUAUUUGCCAUGCCUUGACGAACCUUGUGUUUUUGAUGUGUUAGCCUACACAGACACAGAUGUGGCAGUUCCAUUUACUUGGAUUGAGAGUGACCCUAAACUGAUAGCCAACCCUCAGAUGGUGAAACUGCAUUCUUUUGAUACUAAGAUACACAAGGUUGACACACUGGUUUCAUACAAGAAUGAUGAGUGGGACGAGGCAUGAAGAAACAUUUCUCAACCCUUAGAGUACCUUUGGUCUAUGAGCGCCGCGCAUAUUCAGUAUUCACAUUUUUCAAGUUGGGAGUGUGGAAAAAUGGAUCCAGUGAAUUGUGAAUCGUUGAUUCAUUCACAUUGUAUUUUUGAGUUGUACGUGGAAUUGCAUGAUUGGUAUGUAUAACUCAGAUUUUUUUUUUUCCUCCUUGUUUGGGAGAUUAACCAUAACAAGCGUUUUGAUUUGAUAAUACAAUAGAGAAGAAUCCAAGGAGUUUAAGAGAACGUAUAUAUCUUUUGAGUGAAAACUCAUGUGAUAUCACAAUUUGUUGAGAAGGAAUAAUGAAAACUAGCUGCAGGUUCGAUCAUUUGAAAUCA